AUGAGCGGUGAUUUGCAAGGUUUAGUUUCCUCUGCCUUUGGUAACAACAAUACGUGUCUCUAUAAAGACGUGCUAAAGUGCUCACCAAAGGCAACUCCCUCCGCAUUGCGGAAAGCAUAUCACAAGAGAGCAUUGCUCUAUCAUCCGGACAAACAACAACAACAACAAAAAGACGCUUCCGAAAGCAGUAGAUUUCAAGAAGCCACGCUCAAGUUUCAAGCAUUGUCAGCAACCUACCAACUAUUAUCUGACCCCUCCCAGCGCGCUCUCUAUGAUUCUACUGGUCGAAUUCCAACAUCCUCUGCUGACAAUGAUGAUCCUUAUUCCGGUGGCACCUGCCAUUCGAAGGGGCGUCGUAGUCAAAAGAACAAGGACGCUGAUGAAUGGGUACGAUUCUUUCAAUCCGUCUUUCAAGACAUGAUGGGGGCUGGAAGUACCUUUGAUCGAAAUGAAUAUUGUAGAUCGCAGCAAGAACGGGAGGAUGUCCUGAAAUUCUACCAGCUUUGCAAAGGGGAUAGGUCCAAGAUGAUCUCUUGUAUAGUGCAGGCAGAAGACAAGGACUGCGAUCGUUGGUGGAAGGAAAUUUUACAACCUGCUAUUAAACGGGGAGACAUAGAAUCUUAUGAAAAUGCUCCGUCCUCCAUGAAUAUUAUUGACAAUGAUGAGCCGCAAAAGAAGAAACGAAAGAAAUUGAAACGAAAGCGCCCAGUCGAAAAGGUGUCAAAGCCUCAAGUGGAGAACACAUCCGCUGCCGAGGGUGACGGUUUGGAGGACACUGAUGAUGAUGAUGAUGAAAAGGAAGAUGCUGUCAAAAUAAGUAGUAGGACAAUGAGUAGAAGAGAAAAGAUGGAGUUUCGAGUUGCAAAGAAGCAAAAGGAGAAGCGGGAACGAGAAAUUGAAAUAGCUGGGAUCAUUCAAUCGAAACAGUGGACUGCGGGUUCUUUUGGGAAAGCUGCCGCUGCGAAACAGGGCAAAGCAAAGAGGAGAAACCAGCACGGUUUGAGUGACUCUUUUCUUUCUGGAUUGCAAAAGAAGUUUUCUUCCAGUGAAGCAUCAUCCGUACCUAUCAGUCGAAAGAAGAAAAAGGGAAUCAAACGAAAAUAA